GGAAUCUAUCUCUAGAUUCUGGAAUCACUUCUCUUUCUCUUUUUUCUUUCAAUAAAGAAGCAGAAAAAAAAAAAAAAAUGUAUACGAGAGACAGACGACGCGUCGUCCUACGUUAUUCAGCAAAAUGCUAAAGCCCAUUGGCUUUGGAGAGAAAAACAAACGACGGCCUCAACUGGUUAUGCAUUAGCAUAACAUUUGAGUACUCAGUCACAGAAUUCUUGUCUCCCCAGCUUCCGGUUUCCAUGGCCGUCCGACUUUGACGCCAAAAUCCUUAUCCCCUUUUUACUUGAAAACCCUUUACUCCGUCGUCUCUGAUGAAUUUGCUGCUGCGUAUUUUCUGUGAAAUAGAAGAAGAUAACGAUGCAGAAGAAGGAACCGGAUGAGCCGCCUGAGGUUCCCGUUUACUGGAUUGAAAUCUCUGAUUCGGUCUCAAAGCGCUACCAGUUUGAACCCGAUGGACACCUCUCCGUGACCGUAGUUAAUGACUCAAGACCUGCUGUUCAAAAAGUGGCUGAUUCUUUCCUGAAUAAAUUUUUUCCUUCAGGAUACCCAUAUAGUGUGAACGAGGGGUAUCUUAGAUACACACAGUUUCGUGCACUGCAACACUUCACAAGUGCAGCCCUCUCAGUGCUAUCAACUCAGUCGCUGCUGUUUGCUGCAGGCUUGCGACCCACCCCUGCACAAUCAACCGUUGUUAGUUGGAUACUAAAGGAUGGCAUGCAGCAUGUGGGAAAGCUUGUAUGUAGUAAUUUGGGUGCAAGAAUGGAUUCAGAGCCUAAGUGCUGGAGAAUUCUGGCUGAUAUACUCUAUGACUUGGGCACGGGCUUGGAAGUUCUUUCUCCCUUAUGCCCGCAUCUUUUUCUAGAAAUGGCUGGCCUAGGAAAUUUUGCAAAGGGUAUGGCAGUUGUUGCAGCAAGAGCAACUAGAUUACCAAUAUAUUCUUCUUUUGCCAAAGAAGGCAAUCUCAGCGACCUUUUUGCAAAAGGGGAGGCUAUCUCAACUCUUUUCAAUGUUGUUGGAAUGGGAGUAGGAAUUCAGUUAGCAUCCACUAUAUGUUCAACAACGCAAGGCAAGCUGAUUGUUGGGCCUUUUCUUUCUGUCAUACAUGUAUAUAGUGUCGUUGAAGAAAUGCGAGCAACCCCUAUCAACACAUUGAACCCACAGAGAACUGCGAUGAUUGUGGCUGAUUUUCUCAAGGCAGGAAAAUUUUCAGGCCCUGCUGACCUCAGGUACCGAGAAGAUCUCCUAUUUCCAGGGCGACUCAUAAAAGAUGCUGGAAAUGUAAAAGUUGGAAGGUCUUUACAUAAGGUUAUUAAGCCUUCAAAACUUGAUGAACUAAAACAAAUAUUCCAUGAUGAGAAGUUUCUCUUAAGUCCCGGACAUAAAUGGAUUGACAUGGUACUGGAGCACAAUGCUAGUGGCGAAGAUGCAUUAAGAGGGUGGCUGGUCGCUGCUUAUGCUGCAGAACUGGAAAGGUCUAAUCACGAGCACAGUGCUUCUGUAUUGGAAGCAGCUUAUGAGAAGAUGAAUGAUGUAUUCACUCCAUUCAUAUCUGAACUGCAGGCCAAAGGGUGGCAUACUGAUCGUUUUCUUGAUGGAGGAAGUCGUUUUGCAAUGGCACUAAGCAUAUAGUCAUAGGCAAUCCUUUUAAAAGUUAGAGAAAUUCUUUGACUGGGUAGCGUUUUGCCUGAUUGUAGAACAUUUAGACAUGUAAUUUAUAACAUCUAUUUGAUUUUGAGUUUGA